GGCCGCGAGCGGGGCCUCGCGGGGGCGGGCCCGAGCGGCGCGCGUGCGCGGCGCGUGAGGCGGCGGAGGAGGCGGGGGAAAAUGGCGGACGGCAGAGCCGAGGGGGAGAAGGCGAAGCGGCCGCAGCCCGCAGGAGGACCUGAAGAAGAGGCAGAAAAACCUGUGAAAACUAAGACUGUUUCUUCCAGUAAUGGAGGAGAAAGUUCGAGUCGCAGCGCAGAGAAACGGGCAGCUAAUGAAGAAGCUGAAGACUUCACUACAAAGCCUGCUCCUGCCAAAAUGUCCAAGUUUGGAUUUUCCAUAGGCAGUCAGACAACAAAGAAGGCAUCUGCAAUAUCCAUCAAACUGGGAGCAAAUAAGCCUAAAGAGCCUGUUCCAACCCUGGCUCCAAAAACCCUUUCUGUAGCAGCAGCUUUCAACGAAGAUGAAGAUAGCGAACCAGAGGAAAUGCCCCCUGAAGCCAAGAUGCGCAUGAAGAACAUCGGAAGGGAUACACCAACCUCAGCAGGACCAAAUUCGUUCAAUAAAGGAAAGCAUGGAUUUUCUGACAACCAGAAGCUAUGGGAACGAAAUAUAAAAUCUCAUCUUGGAAAUGUCCAUGACCAAGAAAAUAACUAAAUGAUCUGGAUUACAAGUUGGGUGUUUUGGGGGGAGGGGAGGGUGUAACAUUAAAGGAACAGUUUCCUUUUUUAAGAAUGGUAUGAGACUAUCUUUGGAGCCACUUUUUUAAGACUUUGAGUGGUACACUAAUAAAUGAGUUUGAAAUUAGAGGUAAUUUAUGUUUUGUAUACAGAUUUCAAGGCAUUUGCUAAUUUUGUAGUUUAUGUGAUUAGUUUCAAAAGGUUACAGAUAAUAAAGAAAUUGGAGUGGUACCUUUUUAAGAUAAUUUUUUUUGUCAGUGAUUCAAUAAGGUGGAUGAAAAAGGUUACUGUCUCUUUAAUCAGGUUCAAAUUGAAUGCUCUUGCAUUCUCACUUCUGGCUCCCUCUUCAUAACAGGAGAACGAGUUGACUCCUAUGAAUUCUGCUAAAGAGAGUGAGCAUUGUCUUGUACUAGAAGUGUUACUGGACUAUUACUUUGAAUAUAAUCUUACACAGGAAAUAGUAAGAACUUGGAUUUUUUUUCUCCCUGCAGUCGCCUUUUGUUAAAUCUCUGCAAUCUAGGAAUUAUGUUGCUCUGAGUGGCUCUGGUAACUUAGCUCUGAUUUUGUUUAAAACUUCAUGUAGGGUGUGUAACCUUCAGUUGCCUGUUCUGUCCUAAGGAAAUGGGCCUUGUCUGUAUAUUAGAUACAGUCUGUAAAGAAUACUCAUUACAAAGGUAAAUCAGUAUUUUCAGUGUGCUCCUUUUAAAUCAUUAGCCUUGAGUAGUGCUUGUUAGCAUUUCCUAGUGGUACACAAAAGCCACCACCAAAAAUACAAGCUAAUGUUCAUUAAGCUUCACCUUUGAUUGAAGUAUUUUUCUUUACUAUGCCUAGAAGGAAUGAAAGCCACACCAAAAAUCGGUAACUCACUGCUUAAGUAUGAAAAAUCUAAGAUGCACUUUCCCUGUCUUGCCAUUUAAGACAAAAUGCCUCGAUGCCUAUGACCUCAGUGGACACUAUCAGGUCAAAGAAUGCUGUAUCUGCAGUCCUGAUGUUCCUAACAAGUAUCAGCUUCAGAAAUAAAACUUGACCUUUUCCUGCCUGUCUUCCUUUUGCAGUGAUUUUCAGCAGUGACAUCAAUCUGGUCAGUUUAUUUCUUAGCUUCCAUACUGCAGGACAGUGCUGAAGGAUUUCAGUGCUAGCAAUGACUGUCUAAAUUUCAGUCUAAUUUAGAUUGCGUAUUUGUAAAAACAUUUUAUUAACAGAACUGGUUAAAUAGAACAUUAUCAACAGCAAUACCACCACCUGCCCCAACAGCACCACCUCCCAUACCCCAAAUAAGCAUAAGGUUCUUUUUAAACUCAAAUACCUGAUAGUGUCAACACUAAAUUAAUUUCAGCUGGGAAAUGGUUGUAGCAUUCAAUAUAUUAGUUGCUUUCAUCCUGCCUCUAUAACUGUUUUCUUGCUAAAGUUGAACUUGCAAGUGCAGAAAGGAAAGUGCAUCUUGAAAUGUAUUUUUUAUUAUUAUUAUUAUUAUUAUUAUUAUUUUAGGAAAGCUCUGACCACUUAGACUUUUGAGUUUGUAAGUUCUAAAAUUUUUUUUGUAUUUUUGUAUUGUAUGUGUAAUCUCUUUUCUUUUGAAGUCUGAUGCAGUUGAAUACCUGUAACUGUUUUCUUUUAAAAGUCUUGUUAUAAACUUACCAUAAAAUUGUAUACAUUUUUUUUGUUCCAUAGCAGAAAUACUUGGUUUAUUUAAAACACACUUUCAAAACUGAUUUUCAGGACUUCCAAAACCAAUUUGGGCAUUACUGGAACUAGGCAAGACAAACUUUUUACUUAUUUUCAUCACAUGUGGUUAUGUUUGUCUAAAUAAAUCCCUUUAAGAUAGUGGUAAUCCAUAGUGAAUAGCUAUUUUCUUGUGCUCCUCAGUAGCUGGUUCAUGCUAUAUCAAUCACUUUUAUAGGAACAAAGCAAAACAGAACUUCAAAUAAGAAUGACUCAGAGACCUAUUCCUUGUUUUAAUUAACCUACCACCACUUUCUUUCACAUUUUUGUCUGAAGUAGAUGCUCAUACCCAGAAUCUCCUUGUACUUCAAAAUCAUUUAGGAAAUUGCUAGGCAGAAGAGCAGACAUGCUAUGAAAUACCUUCCAUGCAACUGAGAGAGCAAAAGUUACAUUUAUCUUCUUACUUUGAUGGUCAAUAAAUAAUCCUAGACCUUUUGAGACACUGCAGGCUUCAGCUUCUAUAUCUCAGCUGAAGGUGAGCAGUGAUCCUGCCUCACCCAGUGCAAGUGUUCUCUUCCUUCUCUAGGCUUCAUUGGGAGCAAAUCCAUCAGGAUGGCCUCGGUCUCCUCAGGACUGGGUGCCAAACAAGCUGGAUUUUGUCUGCUGGUGUUUAAUGUCUGACACUUGGAAGACCAAACUGACUGAUCUGAACAAUAUCAUUGAGGUAAAUGUUAGCUGGGAUUAACUUGUAGCUGUAGGCACUUGUUAAAGAAGUCAUGUUUUUUGCAUGCAGAGAGCCCUUUUUUUUUUUUGGCCAUUCUUGGUGUGAUUUUUUUUUGUUAGUUCAUUUGGCGCUUUUUUCCUAAGAAUGUUCCAAGAAUCCUGAAACUCAUGAUAAAUUAUCUGAUUUAGCUGAAGUGCUUCCAGGAGGUAUGCUGAGACCUCGAACUGCUUAGUACAGCAUGCUGCGUGUGUCUGUCAGUGGUUGAAAUUGCAGCUUAUGUGGUUUUGUCCCAUGGAGCUCAUGCUUGCGUAGCAGGAAUUGGCUCCUGAACACCCUGCAGAACAGUGAUGACAUAAGGUCAAGGUGUGAGCAGCUGCCCAGGAACUUCUCUGUGCUACCCUGCAGCUGGGCUGUUCUGAGCCUGCUGGCUUGCAAAUGGAUCCAAACUCAUCUAACUGUGUUAAAAUAAAAAAGCCCAACAACCCCCUCCCACCCCCAAAAAAA